AUGGCUCACGAACCAUUCACCGCGUUUGACCUUCAUUCUGUAAAUAAAAUCCUAGCGAGCUUCGAACUCCAGCGGGAAUGGAAGGAACUAUCUCGAGUUGAUUCACUCAAGGCCAUUGGCUAUCCAUUCGACCAAUCCGUUCAACCAACGAUCCUGCAACCUGCUCCCGUUCUCAAGAGGCAAGCCUCACGGAUCAGUACCGUCCUCAGCUUCUUCGGCUCUUCAAGUCCCAGCCCAGCUGCCCAAUCGAUUAGCGAUGCCGAAUCACAGCUUGCUUCCAAUCUUAGUGACCGCCAAGCCAAGCCUACUGGCGAUGCCGAUCAACUACCAUUGUUUAGAUUAAUGAUCCAACGAGUAUGGGGCGCCUUUCCUGGGCUCAUCGAUCUACCUGUCGAAACUUGGCUCGGAAUCGAGCGAUUUAUCCUAGAUUUCAACUCGCGGAAUUUCUCGACAAGCCGAGAACGGAGGCAAUUUACCAAACGUGCGGUGAUCUCAAUCGGAUUUACUAAGCUGCUAUCAAGCUAUAUCCCUUCGAUUAUCAGUUUCCGAGAUAAUCUCACUUUGCCGACAAGACCUUCACAAAAUGAUCUCGACGUGAUUUCACGGUUACCUCAUUUAAUCUCGACUUUUGGUAACAGGAUUAGGUUUAUUGAUAAAGAAGAGGACGAGUUUCUCGUGAUAUACCGCAAGAAACCAGGAAAGUCAAAGCUCCCUGUAGACUCUAGGGCGGGUGAAGACUCGGCAUUGGGUGUGAGAAUGAGUGUGAUUGGAUGGCCGGUGCUUUUUAACUUCCUCAAAACGAUUCACCCGAGCAAUGCGCAUCAUAAUAGAAAAACUGGCAUUGCAGUACUCCAACGGUUAUUCAACAGUCAUUUCUCUCAAACUGAGAGGCUGUAUCAAAUUCUUGAGGCUACCCAUCUCGAACUGUCAUCUCUAGACAAACAAUCCGCAGAAGAGUUGAACAAAUUCCUAGCUGAUGAACAUGAUUUCCAAAAAGUCUGGGUAAACAUCGGAAAGGAAGUAUCCGAAGCCAAGAAAGGGUAUAAGAACUUUCUCCAAAAAAUUGUCCAUCAUGACGGAGAGAUAGAUAAAAUGUACGAAUUAAUCGGCCAGCACGAGCAAAUUGAAACUGUUUUGGCACUAGAUCCAAUGUACGAACAAGCUCAAACCUGGACGAUCAUGUGGAUAGCUUAUAUGCUUCAUUUCAUCUUCAUUGCUGGACCCGACGGUGAUGAGGUCUGCGAAUUAUUUCUCAAAAUAGAUAAACUGGUACCAUAUGAGUUGAUCAAGCAGGGGUUGAAGAUUAUUAAUCCGACGCUAGCAAUCAGGACUACGGUCGCUCUGAUUUUCGGACAGCCAUUCGGCUCUCUCAGUCUUUUUCAAAGGAUAUUGGAUAGCGUUGUUAAGUCUGAAAUAAGAUCUUUUGACAAACAAAUCGAAAACAUUGUUCAAUCGCAUCCCUCAAGCACCCAACCGACUGGGCCAAGUAGGCAGAAAUUGCUCGAAGCUAUCCAGAAGUUCGUAUAUCUGCCUGAGGAAGAGAAGCGAAAAACUCGCACUGAAUUUGACAAAAGUGAAGAGGACAUCAUAAUUUUAAUUCUUCGAUGGUCGAAAGAUUUUGAUGCGGUCGAACUACAAAGCGUUCAAGAAAGUGAGAAAAUCUUCAGCAAUUCGAAUGUCUCACUUGGUUCCAAUCUGUUUGGUGAUCUUAUUAUUAUCCUACGCUUGAUCAGUUUGAAGCGAGAUCGAGAACAAAUUGUAGAGAUGAUAACGGAGCCUAACAAUCCAAUCGUACGGCUCAUAAAGCAAAUACUAGAGAUGUAUUAUCCAACCAUUUACAAGGUCGCACUCGCGUCAGAUUUAUCAAAAAAAUUCGGGCAGACCGAAGCUUUCCUGAAAGACAUGGUGCAACUGUUGGCAAGACGUAAAGAGGAAGAGGUGUCGGUUGACAAGCUGGUUCAACUUCUUCAUCAGCACAAACAAUCCUACUGGUCAUUUUUAAAUGAUCUGGUUCGAUGUAAAAAUCUUUGUGAUCCAAUGAAAGAAUGGAUUCAAUCUUGCUUUGAUCUUGUUAAAUCCGGAUUGAAAAAAUCUGGAACCGUCUCUCCAACCGAAAGACUUGCGCUCAAUCUUGAGCAGAUCACUUCUGCUGCACCGAUCGAAGCUAUUCAGGCAGAAUCACGAUCUCUCUCGGCGUACAACAGGUUGAAUAAGAUGGUCAAUGACAUCCAAUACCGACUCGUAUUUUGCUCGUCUCCAUUCAUCGUCGAGACUGCCUUUCAAGCCCAAGCUUUUCAGCUCUUGACUGAAAUCGACCAGGACUUUGGCCAACAUCUCUCUCAGUCGGCCGCAGAUGCUCGUCCGCCGUUGGCCUUUGGCUGGGCGUGGUGGAUUGACGAAAAUAAAUUUUGUGGGAAGGGUGGAGGCAGAAUUAAAGACGACGCAGCAGGGGUCCAGGGGCUUCAUAAGGGUGGCGAUGAACAACUCGCACCAAGCGAGCUGGUCGUCAACUCAGACUUGAAUGAAUUGAAGAAACUAGGAGGCUUUUACUUGAAUCAGCUGAUGCAAUCGAUUAACCUGUUUGAUCGCCCAACAUCGUGUUAA